AUGGUAACAGCCAAACUCAAGGUAUUAAAUAUUAAUAAUAGCCCAAUCGAUUGUCGAGCGUUGCUGGACACCUGUUCCACAACCAACUUUAUGACUGAGAGUUUGGCCACCUCCCUUGGAAUACCGAAAAGUGAUUUUUCCACAUCAGUUCGGGCUCUGAACACGGUCACUACUACAACUAAACACCUUGUCGUCGCUACAAUACGUUCGCGAAUCAGUAACGAGGAACGAACCAUCACAUUCUUGACGGUUCCCAGCAUAUCAACAACAGUACCGGGCCAACCACUCGACAGGGAUAAAAUAAAAAUUCCCUCAAGUUUGAAACUUGCUGAUCCAGAAUUUCACCAACCAGCACCCAUUGAUAUGUUGAUUGGAACAGGAACUACACUUUCAUUUCUCGGAUCUCAAAAAAUGCGAAUUUCUUCCGACGGUCAGCCUGAUUUGUUUCUCAUGCAGACCACUCUUGGCUGGGUCAUUGGAGGGGGAGCUCCUACAUCUAGAUCCUCUCGCCAACGUUCAUGUCAUCUCACCAGCUCUAACUCCUUGGAAUUCGAUUUAACUAAAUUCUGGGAAAUUGAGGAGACUACAGAGGACCAUCGUUCCAAUAAUACUGGAACUACAUGCGAACAACAUUUCAAGGAUCACGUGAGUAGAGACGCGACAGGACGAUACAUCGUUGCUCUUCCCUUCAAUGAUAAUAUCUCUCACCUUGGGAUAUCGAGAUCUCGAGCCUACAAUAGAUUCAAAUCCUGUGAGAGGAAACUCCAUCAAGAUCCGCAACUCGCGAAGCAAUAUACCGCUGUCAUUCGAGAAUAUAUAGAUCUCGGACACAUGACCGAAAUUAAUUCAUCACGACUGGUUGAUCACGGAUAUUACUUACCUCAUCACGCGGUGUUCAAAGAGGGCAGUCUCACAACCAAACUACGGGUUGUCUUCGAUGGAUCCGCCAAAACCAACACUGGGUUCUCCUUGAACGAUGCUCUUCAUGUGGGUCCAACUAUUCAAGAUGACAUCUUCACCUUGUUAUCACGAUUCCGCUUUCAUCGGUACGUUCUGACGGGUGACAUCGAGAAAAUGUAUCGACAAAUUCUCGUUCGCCCAGAAGAUCGUAAAUACCAACGCAUUUUGUGGCGCGACGAUGAUGGACCAGUGAGGACAUAUGAGCUCAACACUGUAACGUUUGGAUUAGCAUCAGCACCAUAUCUAGCAAUUAGAUGUCUCCAUCAACUAGCUGAUGACGAACAACAUCAAUACCCCAUCGGAGCCAUGAUCCUGAAGAGAGACCUAUACGUGGAUGACCUACUCACAGGAGCAAAGAACCGUGAAGAAGCUCUCAUUAUUAGAAGUGAAUUGGAAAAAUUAAUGAAACUUGGCUGCUUCAAUCUUCGACAGUGGGCAUCCAACGACCCCACACUACUUCAGGGUCUACCCUCCGAGGACAUCAACAAACACCUGCAGAUUAGAGACUCGACGACAUUAAAAACGCUAGGAAUCUAUUGGGAUUCCGCUACUGAUCAGAUCAAAUAUUCCGUCAAAAUCGCUCCAGAUAUUCAACAAAUAACAAAAAGAGUGGUCUUAUCGGAAACUGCAAAAUUAUUUGAUCCAUUGGGUCUGCUAUCUCCAGUGAUCAUCGUCGCCAAAGCUUUCAUCCAAAGGUUAUGGGCAUUAAAAAUUCAUUGGGACACCAUUCUGCCAGCAGAACCUCAAAGGGAAUGGCUUCAACUCUACCAACAGUUACCAUUGUUGGAGCAAACGACCUUUCCACGGGGAGCAUUGAUACCAGAAGCUACCAACAUCCAGCUCCACGGAUUUUGCGACGCAAGCAAAAUGGCGUAUGGAGCCUGUCUAUAUCUCCGGUCAUCUGAUUCUCGUGGUAACGUGGAAAUAAAUCUACUUUGUUCCAAAUCUCGUGUUGCUCCUCUUAAAGAGCAAACUAUUCCACGCCUCGAACUAUGUGGAGCCCAUCUUUUAACUACACUCGUGGCAAACGUCAAGAAGGCCAUUCACUAUGAUAUCGACGAAAUUUUCUACUGGACAGACUCUACAGUGGUUCUACAUUGGUUGAACACACCACCCCACAAGCUCCAAGUUUUCGUCAGCAACAGAGUAGCAGAGAUUCAGCAGAAAACCGCAAUUCAGAAUUGGAGACACGUAAGAACCCAUGAUAAUCCAGCUGACUUGGUGUCUCGUGGUCAAACACCAUCAGAAUUCAUCAAACCUUCGCUCUGGGUUCACGGUCCAACAUGGCUGCAGGGGAGCGAGAGAGACUGGCCCGAUCUUCAACUGGACUUUUCAACGCCAAUACCUGAUCUGCGGAAGUCUCAAGCAGCCAACCAGGGAACCUGCCUAGCUACAACAGCUGAUCUUCAACCCGUCGAUGUCUGGUCAUCUUCACUCUCCAAAUUACAACGGGUUGUUGCUUAUUGUCUGCGAGUCAAGAAUUGUUUAAAACUUACUUCGAAAUUUAAAACGUAUCGUCGAGGUCCACUAACAGUUGAUGAACUGGAAGCCGCUCUCCGUGCUAUAGUGCACUGGGUACAAUUGGAAAACUUCGCAGCGGCAAUCAGAGAACUCCAACAUCCUCAAACCACUAAACACAAAUCCUCGGCACUAGCAAAACUGGCAAGGUUAUCUCCCUUCAUCGACAAGGACGGAUUGCUACGAGUGGGAGGACGCUUGAUGAAUGCUAGCAUUCCCUAUUCUCAGCGUCACCCCUUCAUCCUACCCAAGAGACAUCCAGUAUCCGACCAUAUCAUCCAGCACGAACAUCGACUCCAAUUACAUGCUGGUGCUCAAGCCACGUUGUACGCUGUUCGUCAUCGUUUCUGGCUAUUAGAUGGACGCCAGUCAGUUCGUCGCAUUAUUCGUUCUUGUGUCAAAUGUAUUCGACACAAGCCACCACCUGUAGAUUACAUCAUGGGUAAUCUACCUGAAGCUCGAGUGACAGAGUCUCGGCCAUUCACCAACGUCGGCAUCGACUACUGUGGUCCUUUCUUUAUAAAAGAAAAGAAGAUACGCAACAGGGGUCGCAUCAAAGUUUACGUCGCUGUCUUCGUAUGCCUCGCAGUCAAGGCAGUCCACCUGGAAGUCGUAAGCGAUCUUACCACUGAAGGAUUUCUUGCUGCCUUACGACGCUUCAUCGCUCGAAGGGGAGCCUGCAGCAACAUCUAUUCCGACAAUGGGACAAAUUUUGUGGGUGCGAAUAAUGAGCUGAAGGAGAUCCACCAAUUUCUGGAGAACGAGGAUCAUCAAAGAAAAAUUAUUCAUUUCACCGCUUCGAAGGCGAUCCGCUGGCACUUCAUCCCAGCACAAUCACCGAACUUCGGUGGACUCUGGGAAGCUGCAGUGAAAUCCUUCAAACAUCACUUGCGAAGGAUUGUCACCAACGAACUUAUCACGUUUCAAGAGUUCAAUACAUUAGUGAUCGAGAUUGAGGCUGUCCUGAACUCACGACCUCUCACUCCUCUUUCAACGGAUCCAAACGAUCCCAUCGCAUUAACUCCUGGCCAUUUCCUGAUUGGGGACUCUCUGACAACCUUGCGAGGUCCAGACUUCAGGGAAACUCCAAGCACUCGUCUGUCAACUUGGCAACAUAUUCAGAAGUUGAAGCAAGACUUCGGGGCUCGCUGGCAUCGAGAAUAUAUCAGCGGGCUCAAUCUCAAAUCCAAGUGGACAAAUGGGGAACACCCAAUCAAGGAAGGUACUCUGGUGAUUAUCAAGGACGACAACUUGCCUCCAAUGCAAUGGGCAUUAGGUAAGGUCGUCACCACCCAUGCUGGCACAGACGGCAUCAUCCGGGCAGUGACAGUGAAAACUGCCAAGGGGAUAUACCAGCGCAACAUGUUGAUCAUGGCUUCUCAACAGGGGAGAAUGUUCCGUCGCGGAAUCCCCUGCUCCAACUUAGUUACCUCUAAGAGUUCCUAUCGUGCGAACCUUCUCUACAUCGACGGUAUAGUCUAG